GAACUUCCUCCGCUUUUCCUGGUCCUUGUCGACCUCGUAUCCUUGCUCGAUCAUUACUCGAUCCUGGCUCGACCAUGCCGCUUAUCCCCACGAUGAUGGUCUUUCGUCCACUUACGAUCGUCAUCGCCAGCGCCAGUCGCUCAGACGAGGCCCCAAUGUGGCUUGACUCUGACGUCUUUUCCUCCUCGCUGGUCGAAAUAUCACUGUGACAAGGUACAAGGGUCAAUGAGGAUGCUCAACUCGCCAGCCAUCUUCCCUUCCUGCCUGUCGCUCGCUCUUUCGUGACGUCCGUUUCCCUUUUAUAUCGACGUUCUCGUCUUCUUUUCUCUUCUUCAGGCUGAUUAUCCGUUUGCUGUUGCUGUGUCGUUGUCGCGCACCCACCGUCUUGGUACGUUCGACAGAUUUCACCACUGCGCUACAUCGGAACCACCAUUUGCGCCGAUCCCGACGCAAGCCGCUUUGAGCCAUGGAAAACGAACCCGUUCAGAACCAGGAGCAGAAGAAGGAAAAGCCUCUUCAUGAGCUCCUCACCUCCUCGGUCGUAGACAUAUACGUUGGUCCCGAGUCCACGCAUUGGACUAUCCACGAAAGACUUCUCUGCUACCAUUCGCCCUACUUCGCAUCCAUCUUUUAUGCCGACGACAAGAAUGAAGAGAAGAAGACCCGCGGAAACAAGUCAUACGGUCUCCCGGAUGAGGACGACUACCCGUUCGAGCUCCUUGUGGGGUGGCUGUACUCGAAAUCUAUACGUCCACCAAAGACCGAGAAAGACAUUGGUCCCCUUCUUGAACUCUACCUGCUCUCCGAGAAAUUCGAGAUGAAGAAACUCGGGACCGACGUCGUAGAGGUUGUCAGGGACUUCUACCACAACACUUCCACUUACCCUGGCCUCCGAAGGGUGCAAUUCAUCUACUCGGAGACGGAUGAAGAUAAUGAAAUGCGCGAGAUGAUGGUAUCAUCAGUGGCUCGUCAAUUGACCACCAGCGACAAGAUUCCAGCACACUGGGCCAAGGCACUGCAGCGCAACGGACAGUUGGCAGUGGACAUCAUCCGAGCCAUCCAACAGUGGCACAUUGAAGAGCGCAGCAUUCCCGACGCGAGAGACACCAGCUCCAAUCGAGGCAGGCAAGCGAACGGCGGUGGCUUCAGCGCGAUUGAGCGAGGCGGCGACUCGACCGAGACCGUUGACACAAACUUGGGCGUCGAGAGCCUGAACAGUGGAGCGAGUGAUACACCCAACGUCAAGAGCGAUGCUGAAGAGUAAGUCUGUCUGCUGUGUACUGCACCUUAUCCGGGGCAAAUAGGCGUCUCACUCUCUUCCGCUGCCGCGGGAAGAUUGCAGAGGCGUCUCUUGCUCCGGCGCCCAAGCAGCGAAUGUAAUUGAAGCUGAACGCAAGCCCUCCGAUUUUAAAGCAUCUUGUCGCGCAGUUCAAGUUCGAGACCACCAGAAUCACGAGUUGACCCACCCGAUAAAGGUGGAUGUUUGAGUAAAAGCUCUGGGGAUGAGAGGGAGGAAGGCAAUCAUGAACCAGUCUCAGAAAACAACAGGGUGACAGCAAGCAAAAGGGAAUCCAGAUUCAAGGCGUUUCAGCAAGGGUUGAGGUUGAUUUCCGCCAGCCGGACGGAAAGCAUGUUCCUGCUUUCCGCAUGGUUGAUGUAUUUUAUAUAUAAUGUCGGCGCAUUCGGCAAAGGUGGCACUUGGAGCUAAAAGUCGUUGGGAAUCGAUAAUGUUUGAUCUUGCCCGUAGCCGACGUUGGCAUCUUGAUCUCGCUGAAGCAAACAGUGGCAGUGAUAAGCGAGACUCUCGUUCGGCUACGAGUCCAACUUGACUGAC